ACUCGCUCCCGCAGCUGACGGAGUGUUACUUGCUAAUAAUACCACUACUACUUGUUAAUCCCACCUACUACCACUACUCGCCAUGUCCGGACGCGGCAAAGGAGGAAAGGUGAAGGGAAAGUCAAAGUCCCGUUCCAGCCGUGCUGGACUCCAGUUCCCGGUCGGCAGGAUUCAUCGCCUCCUGAGGAAGGGCAACUACGCCGAGCGAGUGGGGGCUGGCGCCCCCGUGUACCUUGCAGCGGUCAUGGAGUACCUGGCCGCCGAAGUCCUCGAGCUUGCCGGCAACGCCGCCCGCGACAACAAGAAGACUCGCAUCAUCCCGCGUCACCUGCAGCUGGCCAUCCGGAACGACGAGGAACUUAACAAGCUCCUCUCCGGGGUCACCAUUGCACAGGGUGGCGUGCUGCCAAACAUUCAGGCUGUGCUCCUUCCCAAGAAGACCGAGAAGAAGUAAAUCCCUCUCCUCCUCAAUAUCAUCACCAACAAGUAUAUAUAUCCGGCUCCUCUUCGGAGCCACA